GUAAUAGAUUAAAGAAGAAAAUAUGAUGGAAAGGUCGCUGAUCAAGUUGUUCUUGAUGGUUGCUAUAGUUUUGGUUCAAGCACAUGGACUCAAAGGUUUCUUGGAGAAAGAAAGGAUUGGUCUAUUAGAAUUGAAGUCCUUCAUAAAAUCAGUCAGUGAUUACAAAACAGAAGAAAGUCUUGUUUCAUGGACUGAUGAUAAAACAUCUAAUUGUUGUGAAUGGGAGCGAGUUCAAUGCAACGCCACCACUGGACAUGUCAUCAAGUUGUCCCUCAAUUACACUAGGCAAUUCGAUUAUAAUGAAGAUUUUCAAAGACAGCCAACUCUAAAUUUGUCCUUGUUUCAUCCUUUUGAAGAGCUGGAAAACCUUGAUUUAUCUGGGAAUUACUUUGGAGGUUGGCAUGAGAAUAAAGCAAAUGAUGGUUUCAGGAGUUUGAAAAAACUCAAGAUCUUCGAUCUUAGAGAUAAUUACUUCAACGCCACCCUUUUAUCACACUUGACUACCCUAACUUCACUUACCACUUUGAAUCUUUGGGGAAAUAAUAUGGGAGAAGGUCUCAAAUUGGUGAAACAAGGUUUAGGAAAUUUAAAAAAUUUGAAACGGUUGGAUCUAAGUUUCAAUAAAAUCAACAUUUCUCUAGCAAAUUUAGGUUUACAAAAUUUAAGAAGUUUGGAAGAGUUGUAUAUGAAGGAAAAUAGAAUAAGUGGUUCUCUUGCUCUAUUAGGUUUAGCAAAUAUGACAAACUUGAAAACAUUGGAUCUAAGUUCAAAUCAAAUCAACACUUCUCUAGCAAGUUUAGGGUUAGUAAACUUGACUAAUUUGAAAAUAUUGGAUUUAAGUGAGAAUCAAAUCACCAAUGCUAAAGGUUUAGAAAAUUUGAUAAACUUGAAAAGCCUGAGUCUAUAUUUUAAUCAAAUCAACACUUCUCUAGCAAGUUCAAAUUUACAAAAUUUAAAAAGUUUGGAAGAGUUGUACAUGAGUUCUAAUGAAAUGAGUGGUUCUCUUACUCCGCUAGGUUUAGUAAAUUUGACAAAUUUGAAGAGAAUCGAUUUAAGUGGGAAUCGAAUCACCGAUACUAAAGGUUUAAAAAAUUUGGAAAACUUGGAAGAGUUGAAUAUGAGAUCUAAUGAAAUAAACAGUGGUUCUCUUACUUUAGAUUUAGCAAAUUUGACAAACUUAAAAAUAUUGGAUCUAUCGUAUAACCAAAUCAACACUUCUGUAGCAAGUUCAGGAAUAUGUGAAUUGAAGAACUUGGUUAUAUUGGAUCUCAGUUUCAACAAUUUCUACAAUCACCACUUGAAAUGCCUUUGCAACUUAACUCACCUUAAGAUUCUUGAUCUUUCAGUCAAUCAGUUAAGUGGGAAAUACUUGUCAUUUGUUGUUGGUAAUCUGACAUCCCUUAAAUAUUUGUCAUUUUCCCAUAACAAUUUAGAAGGCUCCUCGACUUAUGAUCUGUUUCAACCUACAAGUGAAAAUCAGCUUCAAACAUAUCAUUUGGAGGUCAUCCUAUUACAAAAUUGUAGCUUAGGUGUCAUACCUCUUUUUCUUUCAUACCAUUACAAUUUAAGAAUUAUUGGCCUUUCUGAUAACAAAUUGGUUGGAAAAUUUCCCACUUGGUUGCUAGAAAAUAAUACCAAAUUACAAUAUCUAAGUUUGAGGAAUAACUCAUUCUCGGGAAUCUUUCAAAUGCCUAAGUCUAAAUGCAAUCUACAUAGUCUAAUUAUUGCUAGAAACAAUUUCACAGGUCAAUUGCCUGAGAAUAUAGGUACAAUUUUGCCUAGAUUGUCAUAUAUAGAUAUGUCAAAGAAUUUAUUAGAGGGUAAUAUUCCUUCUUCAAUGGGUGAAAUGAAGAGACUUAGUUUUUUGGACUUGUCUAGUAAUAAUUUUUCAGGCGAGUUACCUGAUAAUUUUGUUAAUGGUUGCUUCUCAUUAACAUUACUAAGACUAUCAGAUAAUAAAUUUCAAGGGCAGAUUUUUCCUAGGCAUAUGAACCUAAAACAAUUACGAUGGCUAUACUUGGACAACAACAACUUUAGUGAGAAGAUUGGAAAUGGGCUCUUGAACGCAACUUCUUUAAUUGUCUUAGAUAUCAGUAACAAUAAGGUAUCUGGUCAAAUUCCACAUUGGAUUGGCAAAAUUUCAAGUCUUUCUUGUCUUUUAAUGUUAAAUAAUCUCUUAGAAGGUACUCUUCCCAUUCAGCUAAGCAAUCUUGAAAGUCUUGCAGUGCUAGAUGUCUCUAAAAAUAAGUUGUCAGGAUCUAUAACACGUGACUUUAAUCUUUCAGUGAACCAUCUUUACAUGCAAAAUAAUUCUCUGAGUGGAUCAAUCCCAAAUUCAUUGUUUGAAAUGUCUAAAUUGAUUACACUUGAUUUGAGAGACAACAAGUUUUCUGGAAAUAUUGAUUCUCAUUGGUUUAAUGAUCGCUCAACUCUUCAUUUUCUCCUCUUGUCAGGCAAUGACCUACAAGGUAAUAUUCCUAAUCAAUUGUGUCAAUUAAAAAAGCUAGGUCUUUUAGAUCUUUCACGUAACAAACUCAAUGGGUCAAUACCAUCAUGUUUUACUAAUUUUACAUGUUGGAGUAUGGUAGGGGAGAUUGAUGGUGAACUUUAUAGUGAUGGGUAUUCUUGGGGUACGUCUAGUAAUGACCUAGAUGUCUUCUAUGAUACAUUAGCUUCAUCAUUUUUUAUGCAUAAUGGUUUUGGAGAAUUUUCGUAUGCAGAAAUAACCUUCACAGUUGAAUUUACAAUGAAAAAUAGAUUAGAGUCAUACAAGGGAUAUACUUUUGGUCAUGUUUAUGGAUUGGAUUUGUCAGACAAUGAAUUAACUGGUGAAAUUCCAUCAAAAAUUGGAGAGCUUCAAGGAGUCUUAUCAUUGAAUUUGUUUCACAAUUUGUUAUCGGGACCUAUACCAGAGAGUUUUGCCCAUUUGAAAGAGAUAGAGAGCCUAGACCUUUCCCAUAAUAAAUUAAGUGGCCAGAUUCCUCCACAGUUAACUCAACUAUAUAAUUUGGAGGUCUUCUACGUGGCAGACAACAACUUAUCGGGAUCCAUUCCCGAUCAAGCUCAGUUUGGAAGUUUUAAUGAAAGUAGUUAUAAAGGCAAUCUUUAUCUUUGUGGUCAAUUAAUUAAGAAGAGUUGCACUAAUACGGCAAUACCACAACCUCCAACAGCUAUGAAAGAUGAAGAUAAUAAUGAAAUUGUUAUCGACAUGGAAGCAUUCACCUGGAGUUUUGUUGGAUCAUAUGUCACAACUAUAUUGGUGUUGAUAGUGAUCCUUUGGAUCAACUCGCAUUGGCGUAGAAUGUGGUUUAAUUUCAUUAAUGUACGUCUUUAUGUAUGUUUUUAUUGGUUUUCCUAAGUAUAUUUGGCAUUUAUUUUGAUCAAUAUAUACAUCAUAAUAAGUUGAUACCAUCUUGAUUUUCAUGUAUAAAAAGCUAUCAGUGGUUGAAUCCAUGUGUCAAUCAAAAUGUUAAGUCAAAAGAUGGCAUCCCUUUAGUUA